GAGCAAAUCCAUAUGAGGGCGAUAUUUUUCCUGGCGUUGGCUGCACUGGCCACUGCUGAGCCAAGUCAAAGCAAGGUCGACAACGUGAACGAGCCACAGGAUGGCGAUGUCCAUAACAGGGUCAAGAGAGAGCUCACGGGAGACCCGGAUGGCUACGGCCCCAACAUCAACGUGGAUUUGGAGAUCAAAGCUGGACCCUAUGCACACGUAGCCGUUGACGUUGACGUCAACAUUGGAUUAUCCCCAACAUCAUUGGAAUCACUGAAAGAUUUUAGCUCGAAGACCAGCUGUUGCAUUCAACGUAGAUCUUGCAAGAGGAAUGCGUCACGAAUGUCAGCGUGAGUUGUUUUAGACGCAAGAGGAGAAGCCGGACCCGAGGCGGACGCACCUCAAGGCAGCAGCGCAGUUACACGUGACCUUUAUUGAAGGUGUCG